AUGGAUACUGAUAUCGACCUGCUAAUUAAUUCCCUCUCUGGAAUCGGAGUGGAGCGAAAUGCGGCACGGACCUUUGCCUCAUUUCAACGGACAGCCGAGCAGCAAACUUCAUCGGCCAAUUUUGCAGAUCAGAUUGAUAUGGCCAAUAUAGAUGAUUCAUCGUUUGACAUGAGUGCGCUUAUGGACGCAUGCAAAGAAAUAUCAAAGAAUCACGAAGUGGAGGAAAAGCUUAAGAAAACGAAUCUGUUCCUAAGGCACGUUAUGGACGCCUAUGACGAAGUGAUUGAAGAAGGCGAAAAUGGGAAGGAGCAGAUUUCGGAACGAUUUUUGAAGAAGCUGAAGAAGACAAAGAAACGAGAGCCGUCAAGCAAACAAAACAGAAGACGUAAUUUAGAAAAAGGAAAGGGAGAGAGCUAUGCAGAAAAGAUGAACCAGAAAUUGCUGAAAAAGAAACGAAACCUUAAAACGAAAAGCCGGAUGAGUGUUUAUUAGAUGAUUACAGGAAAUUGUUA